CUCAAAGUUUUUCUCUCCUGAGAAGACACUCAGCUUACAUGUAGUUGAAAGUUUAUUUUAUUGUGAAAUUUAAUAUUAGUUCCUGUUUCGUCAUUGCUGUCUCGUGAUAUUGUAGAUGGUUACAUAACUCUGACCUGAAAAAUAUUUACAGCGUUUUCUAAAGAGAAGAUCAUUCGUGGUGCAUAUAUACGGUUAAGAAAUUGCUUCUUUUUUAACGCGGCAAAAUGCGUGUACUUGGGAUCUUAAUUCUACUGAAUGUAGGCCUCUGUUCACUUGGCUUUAAGCUAUUACACAAGGCAAAUAAAGUUGAAGAUCAUCCGAAAGGCUUUGGUACAGCCAAACACGCUGUAAUAAUUGGUACGUUUGUACAUUAAGAAACUAGAAUGGACAUGUAAAGUCUAUAGAUGUGUAACUUCAAUAUCAUUUUAUACACAUUAAUGACUAUAUUACUAAACGAUUUAAUUAUUCUCCAGAGGGGAUCCAGCAUUACCAUCAAACGCGUAUAUAUAAUAUAUAUAGACGGAGAACUUGCAAGCGCUUGUUCAAGGCAUUACAACUAUUUCACAACAUUAGAAAUGUCAACGAUUGCGACAAUCUACGAACCUAUAAAACUAUCUGCCCGAGAGAGCGAGGAUUUUGGUCCUUCAAGUGGCAAUGCGUUCUGAUGCGCCUUACAGUAUUAUUUUACUUUGUCUAAGGAAGAGUGCUGCCACUUAAUGGGUUAAUCAGACCAUGUAUCCUGGUAAUCCUUUAAAUGACAAUGCGCCCUGAUGUGCCCUUUAAAUUUACUCAGUCUAAAUGUAUUUCUAGGAAUUGAUGGAUUUGGCGGGGAAUAUCUAAGAAAUGUAUCAGAUCAACUCCCGGCACUUCAGACUUUCUUUGAUUUUGGUGCUUGUACGACAGAGAGCAGAAAUCUAGCGCCAACUGUAAGUUCGACUGAGAAGUGAGAAGCGAUCACUCAGUUUUGAAGCAAUAAAAUAUGAAGGAAAAUCAUGAAAAAUAAUAUCUAAAACCCAAGGGUCAUGUCGGUCAAGUAAACCUGAAUCUAUAACGAAAGCCUUACUGCAUGGACCUCUAGAGAGGAUAGUGUAUAGAACUGAUAGAGCUAUAUAAAGGUUUUGUAUGUGGAAACACCACGUAAAUUUACGUGGUGUUUCCACAAACAAAACUGUUAUAUGUUUUAUCGCCAUGCAAACAUACAAAGAACUUAUGAUAGAGCUAUCUAGUAUAAAUAAAGUUUAAUUUAGUUUAGGUUUCCUCCUGCAGUAAGUUAGUAACACUAGGAAAAAAUACUGUUUAGAACUGAUAGAGUUAUCCAGCAUAAAUAAUGUUAGUUUAGUUUAGGUUUCCUCCUGAGUAACACUGGAUCAAUAAUCAGAGAUGAUCCUUACUGGACCUCUAUAGGAAGAACAGUUUAGAACUGAUAGAGCUAUUCUGUAUAAAUAAAGUUAGUUUAGUUUAGGUUUCCUCCGGUAGUAAGACUAGAUCAAUAAGAGAUGAUCAGUCCUUACUGGAUCUCUAUAGGAAGAACAGUUUAGAACUGAUAGAGCUAUUCUGUAUAAAUAAAGAUUAGGUUUCCUCCUGUUACUCUGAAUCGCUAAGAGAUGAUCCUUACUGGACCUCUAUAGACUAUAGGAAGAACAGUUUAGAACUGAUAGAGUUUAAUAUCCUGUAUAAAUAAAGUUAGUUUAGUUUAGGUUUCCUCCUGUAGUAACUGCAAAGUAAUAAGAAAAACAGUUUAGAAGUACAGUUCUGUUUAGCUUAGCAAGACAAACAAGAUCGUUGGAUCUUGCGCUAAUCUGAUAAUCUGAUCAUGAAUCUAAUAUAUAAUCUAAUCAACUUUCAGGUCAGCGCACCAAACUGGGCAGGAUAUUUGACCAGUAUGGGUGUGACCCAGACUGGAGUGUAUGGCAAUGAUUGGGUUAUAGCGGACGGCAAUCCCCCAGGCAAGACGAACCAUCUACCACCGACAUCAGGACGAGGUCGUCCUCAGACUUUAUUUAGCGCCGUCAAGGAGCAGGAUCCAUCUGCAAAAGUAAGCUUUUUUGUCCAGUGCGCUCAAUAUAUAACUGGAACAAGAACCUAGCCAAGAUGGCGGCCAUGACGUCAAAUAGCUCUGUGAAGGACGUAAAUAGUUUCAACACCAUCUUUCCAAACCAAUUCCAGUUUUUUCUAACGGACCGUAUUGGAAAACAAGUUAUCAGUUCGUAAAACCAUAGUGUUAUUGUUUAAGUGAUAAGUUGAUGUCAAAAUAGGACGAAGAAUUGGCUCAAUGGACCAUUUGCAUUAUAGACUAUAUUUUGAUCUAAACAAGUCUAGACAAAAAUUUCAUCACAGCUUGAAAGAGCAUCACAAAAUUAGUAAUAUUCCAAAGUUUCGUUGCGAAAUGUUGUAAAAUGCGGAUAAUAUAGCCUUGCGAAGUUUGCCGUUUUUCAGUCAUUUUGUAUUACAAACGGGAAAUUGACAGCACCAAAGGGUCCCAAAGGGUAUUGGGCUGUCAAUUUCCCCCGCGUAAUGCAAAAUGACUGAAAAACGGCAAACUUCGCAAGGCUAUAUAUUAUCCGUAUUUUACAACAUUUCGCAACGAAACUUUGGAAUAUUACUAAUUUUGUGAUGCUCUUUCAAGCUGUGAUGAAAUUUUUGUCUAGACUUGUUUAGAUCAAAAUUUAGUCUAUAAUGCAAAUGGUCCAUUGCCAAGUUUUAUUUUACGCAGGAAAUAUUUUCCUUGAGAAAGAUGCGCAGAAAUGUCAGAUAUUUUCACAGAGAAUUUAUGGCAGACCAAGAGAUCUUGCAGUCAGAAGGUGUUUUUGUCAAAUAUAGGAAGAUCAGAAAUCUGCUUGGUUCUCCGUUCAUAAAGGCAUUUUGUGCGAAUUCUUCAGAAAAUAUUUGCAGUCAUUUUACAAUUUGAAAAUUUUGCACAGAUUUCCAUCAUUGCAAGAACUUUUGCGCAGGGAAUUAAUUUCCCCCAAAGCCAAGACUUUUACCACAGUCCCAGCGGGCAAAAUGACGUUUAUCCAACGUUGAAUCAACGUUGGAAAUGACCUUCCAGACGUUGGAUAGACGUUGAAAAAGGGUUGACUUUUCGACGUUAAAACAACGUUGAAAUUAGGUUGCCAAUCUCGUCAACCAUAAUUCAACGUUGAAUCCACGUUAAAACAACGUUGAGAUUGGUUUACAAAUCGACGUCGUACGUUUAACCAUGAAUGAACGUUAAUUCAACGUCUGUUGGCUGCAGUUGAACCAAUGUUUGUAAAACAACGUCAGAGCAACGUAGAUAUUAGGUUGUCGACGUCGCAACCUUUUUUCUACCAAAUUUCAACGUUGAAACAACGUCGUGUGCCCGGUGGGGUCUUCCUAGGCCUAUCAGUUAUUCUACAGCAAUAAUUAUAGAAUGGCGCAUCUUCCAGAUAGAUCACACACUAGCCUAUUUGCUUUCUUUUAUAUUCAAGACGGCGUUAAUGUUCACGUGGUUGUGGUUUCUUCAAAUCGCCAAACAAAACCCGCACGUGGACAACUGGUUUUGGGGUCACGAGGGAAUCGUUUGUGGAAAAACGGAGAGUGAACCUGAUUGUUUGAACAGACAAGACUGGAGUGUCGCGAAGAAAACCAUCGAGGCGAUCAAGAAAGACCAACCGACUUUAACAUUCAUUCAUUUUGGUAGGUUCAAAGCCCUGGGCAUACCAGCUUGCAUUUCCCAAGAGUUGGGUAAACAAAAUUUUGAGUGAGUAAAAGGUUGGGUAAAUGAAAAACAAAACAACUCAAGGGUCGGGUAAUAACAAUUUAUUGUCAUUUUCAAAGCACGACUCGUUCAAAUAUUGAAGAUUGAAAAGAAAUGUCAACAGUCAUAUGAAGUAAAGCUUGAAUUUGGUAGACAUGCUUUUCGCUUUGCAGCGGCAGGAAUUUAUAAUGACUUGCUUUGCGAAAUUCAACAACAAAAUAUUUCGGAAAUUGCUAGAAAAUUAUUAUACCAAUGAUUAAAUUAUAGUAUAUAUUAUAUAGAUUAUUUAGUAUGGACUAUUUAGUUAAAUAGAGGACACAUAUAUUGAUAACAGUAGAUUACUGAAAUGUUUAUCCUCUGUAAUGAUUUGGAAAUACAAUACAAAUACAAUACAAUAUGUAAAUCAAUGAAUCAGUCAGAGUAACUAUCUUUAUCAUUUCCCGAUUUGUCAGGAGGCAAAUGGUGUCUCCAAAGAAGUACAUGUGCGGACAACACGAAAUUUCGACUGCAGAAAAUUGCACAAGCAGUUUAUAUCGAAGUCCUUUCACAGAAGUGGUAAAGGACAUGUGUGACAAGUGAUUAAGUGAACAGUAUCCUUUUGUUAUGUUUUUGGCCAGGGGAUCGAGAUAUUUAUUUUUUAAUUGAUAUUUGAGAUUUGGUAAGUUUAUUUUUGAACUUUUUAAUGGUGGGAUCACCAUUAAAAUCUUUUCGGAGCUUCCUCCGCCAUAAAAAAAUGACCGCUCCCUUUUUUCAGUUGACUACACUUAUUUCUACUCCUACAUUCCCCAUUCUUGAGUUGACAACGAUCUUUUUCGCCCCUAUUCAGAUGCUGUAGACGGAGCUGGUCACAGCAGUUACUGGGGAAGCGACAUAUAUUAUGAAAUGGUCAAGCAGAAAGACAUGCAAGUGGCGGCAAUCUUAGAAGCUCUGGCUACAACUAAAACUUCAUCAGGAAAGCCUAUGAUUGAAGAGACGAUUGUUGCCAUGGUUGCAGAUCACGGAGGAUAUAAAAAUAAUCACAAUUUGAACCCACCAUUCAUUGCAGAGGUUUAUGUGCCACUCUUGUUGCGAGGUAAUGAGCUCUAUCGGUUCUAAAUUGUUCUUUCUGGAGGUCCAGUAAGGGUCAUCUCUUAUUGAUCCAGUGUUACUACAGGAGGAAAUCUAAACUAAACUAACUUUAUUUAUACUAGAUAGUUCUAUCAGUUCUAAACUGUUCUUCCUGGCGGUCCAGUAAGGGUCAUCUCUUAUUGAUCCAGUGUUACUACAGGAGGAAACCUAAACUAGACUAACUUUAUUUAUACUAGAUAGUUCUAUCAGUUCUAAACUGUUCUUCCUAGAGGUCCAGUAAGGGUCAUCUCUUAUUGAUCCAGUGUUACUACAGGAGGAAACCUAAACUAAACUAACUUUAUCGAUGCUGCAUAGCUCUAUCAGUUAUAAACUGUUCUCCCGAGAGGUCCAGUAAGGGUCCGUGGAGAUUCAGUAAGUACCAUCGCUUAUUGAUCCAGCGUUACUACAGGAGGAAACCUAAUUAAAAAAACUAAAUAACUGUAUUUAUAAACUGUAUACCUCUGUCAGUUCUAAACUGUUCUCCCUAAAGGUCCAGUAAGGAUCAUGUCUUAUUGAUCCAGUGUUACUACAGGAGGAAAUCUAAACAAAACUAACUCUAUUUUUACUGGAUAGCUCUAUCAGUUUUAAACCGUUCUCCCUAAAGGUCCAGUAAGGAGCAUCUCUUAUUGAUCCAGUGUCAUACUACAGGGGGAAAUCUAAACAAAACUAACUUUAUUUAUACUGCAUGGAUAGCUUUAUCGGUUCUAAACUGUUCUCCCUAGAGGUCCAGUAAGGAGCAUCUCUUAUUGAUCCAGUGCUACUACAGGAGGAAAUCUAAACAAAACUAACUUUAUUUUUACUGGAUAAUUAUAUCAGUUCUAAAACUGUUCUUCCUAGAGGACCAGUAAGGGUAAGCUCUUAUUGAUCUAGUGUUACGACAGGAGGAAACCUAAACUGAACUAAUUUUAUGUAUACUGGAUAGCUCUAUCAGUUCUAAACUGUUCUUCCUAGAAGUCCAGUAAGGGUCAUCGAUUAUUGAUAAGAUUCAACUGAUUUUUGUUUUCACAGGGCCGGGAAUCAAGAACGUGGACUUGGAUGAAUUGAAAUAUCGUGAUUAUUCCAGUCUUGAUAUGCCUGUAACGGUUCUCAAUGCAUUGGGUAUUGUACCAGGCAGAUAUAUGCGAGGCAGAAUUCUGGAGGAAAUUUACGAGGACUGAUCAGGGAUAUUUAAUCAAUGGAUGCUAGUUUUGUCUUAAGAUUAAAAAUAUUUUGCCGUGAUGUGAAGUAUAUAUUAUGUAAAUUAAUGAAAUGACUGAUGGUCGACAAUUAGUAUAUAGUUGUAAAACUAAAAUAUAUUUUAUGUCUAGAAAUUGAUGGGAAACUAAAAGUUACUUUGACUUCUAUGUACUGAGGUG